UUUUGGCCACCGAGGCAGGCAGGCAGGCAAAGCCCGUUUGAUUGACAGAUCCGAUCGAUCAACCACAGCCACAACCACACCACAGCACGGGCGAGUGUUUGGUUGUGUUGAGGUUGCCUCGCGUGGACAGACACGAUAGACUCCUUCCUGUGAUGAUAAGCGGUGUGGUGUGUCUUGACUGACUGACGCAUUUGAGAGCGAGUGGAUGGAGGCGUCCGCAGAUCAAUCAAGGGGGAGGGAAUCAAUCAAUGAUCAACAUACACACACACAACCUUGACCUGGUACAAUCGCUCAACCACUGAACAACACGGAAAGUCGCUGUCUGUCUGUCUGGGUAAGUGGCUACUCGACACAUGGAUCACUCAUCGACACACACGCACAAACACGUUCCCGCGGCUCACUCAGCACAUCACCGCUCCCUCACACACACACACACGCACACAACCUCUUUCUCAGAGAGAGGGAAACAGACAAAGAGGCCACAAACGGCGCACACGGACGGAAAAAACAUCGACGCGGCCGCCGUGGACAGCGCCAUGAAAGCGCUUGCUUCACGACAACAGAGAGGGAGGGCGACAGAGGGGGACGGAAGGGGAGGGCCAAAUACGACCGACCCAUCGACCAGCUCACUUAUUUCCGGGCUGCGACAAAGCGACAAAGUCCACAUCGCCCAACUCCCUAAGACACAACAGACAGACAGACAGACAGACGGAGAGAGAGAGACGGACACACACACACACACAAUGGGUGUGUCAAUCAAACGAGGCAGCCCAGCCGCCGCACCCAAGCCAGCCACCCACCGACCUGUAGUCUGUCCAGUGUCUAAUGAGGAAGAAGACGCCGAAUAUGAAGCAGCAGCCGCCCACAAUGAAGUAGGAGUAGGCCAGAAAGAAGUUCCGCCCCCCCAGCCACGUAACCGUCGACAAAAUGAUCCACUUCUCGCCGCCAAACGACUUCACCGGCCACCCUAAACACAAACACACAUCCAAUCCACCAUACGAACGAACCGUCUCUCUCUCUCUCUCUCUGUGCGUGCGUGUGUGUGUGUGUGUGUGUUGGGUUACUGCUUUGAAUGGUGACCGUGACGGGCAGCGCGACGUCUUGGUUGAUCUUGCCCCAGAGUUUCCUGCGCACACACAGAGAGACAGAGAGACAGAGAGACAGACAGACAGACAGACAAGAGUGAGAGACAGAGAGACAGACAGACAUGUGGACGAGUGUGUGUGGUUGGUUGGUUGCUUGCCUGAAGUUUGGUAGCCCCGCGAGUCUCAUCCAGUUCAUGAAGUGGCCAUCCUCUAUGCCGCCGGGGAAUAUCAGCCUGAAAAACCAACCAAUACACACACACACACACCCCGACAGGCGCACAGAGGUCCACAUCCAUCCAUCCAUCGACUCACACACUCCCUCACUCGGUGCCAGUGUCUGUCCGGUAUGGGUUGAAUUCCCCCUGGCUGGUUGGGACAUACGUCUUGAGCCACUCCACCACCCUGCCGCUGUUGGGCGGGUUGUGAUACUUGUGCUUUCUCUCGGUAUUCCUGAAGACAGACAGACACACACACACACACAGACAGCCAGCCACGUGUGUGUGUGGGUCGGUGGGUGUGAUCAGAUUGGGUCGGAUCGGUCGGACCAUGAGAUUGUUUCAGCUCUGGUGUCGACGCGCAGCGGUCCUGCGGCGUCGGAGAACUCAAAUGUGUCGUUGAAGACCGACUUGGCAAACAUGCCGCACGGCAGCAGCAGCUUGCCGUAGUAGCUAGAGGUGGGAUCGGUGGGAUCGGUAGAGUUGGGAUCCGUCACCUGCAGACGCACACACACACACGCACAGAGAGAGAGCUGCUGUGCUGCUUGUUCCAUCCACCACGCAUCCAUCGCUCGCUGACCUCGAUCCACGGCUCGCAUCCCUCCAGAUCUGUCCUCGACGUGACGAUCUUGCCCCUGAGCUGCUCCUCAUUCCUCGACUCAAACAGCAGCCUGUGUGUCUGGUAGAACUUCUCCACCCGGUAGUAGACGAACACCGGCCCCUCGAUCCCCCGCCCCUUCCUCUUCCCCACACAGUCGUCCUCCGUCAGCUGCAGCCUGAUCACCGUCACGGGCGCGUUCCUGUUGGUGGCCUGAUCCCCAGGCACGUUGUCAUAUCUCUUCAUGCACUCGUAUAUGUCGCUGGAGGCGUCGUACAU